AUGGCUGCGGCGCACAACGGCUCGAGCGGCGCCCGUUCGUCCAGCGACGACCACUCACCUCUUCAUCUCUCAACAGGCCAAGAUCCACGAAACGGCAGAAGUGGGACGGACGGGCAUGUGCGAGGGGCUGAGGAGACUUUCGUCGAUAUGCCAGGCAAGACGGACCGGCCAGCGAAGCGCGGCGAGUCGAGCACGCCGAAGCGGCAGGGGUCUUGGCGAAGCAAGGUGCCGGGCAUGUUCAAGGGUCCUCUGGACGCCCUCUUCCCCGUCUUCGUUCCGAAUGCCCUCUACGACUCGCCUCCCUCGUUCGUCGCCGCCUCGCAGAAGCGCGCGAAAUGGAUCGCCCGACAACACCUCUUCCGCGCGAUGGUCGUCUUUCUCGCCAACUUUGUCCUCAUGCUUGAGCCGGCGUCCGAGCAGGUGUUCGGUCAGGCUUCCUUCUUUGGCAUGAUUGUCGCCAUCAUGCUCCCGCCGACAUUCCCCGUCCAAGUCUUCCUCUUCGUCUCGGCAAUGCUCGUUCUGGGAAUGUGUCUGGGCUGGGCAUGGGGGUGUGCGGCGAUGGCGGCUGGGCUGAAGGCGAGGAGUCAGGUGAUCCUGGCAGCGGCAGUACAGCGGGCGCAGACGAGCGUUGCGAGCGCGACGAACCCCGACGUCGCCUACCGCUCGACCAUCUUUCAUGGUAACUUCCUCGACGCCCGCUCGACCGUUGUCUUUGGCUGCUUCCUCGGCGUCGGCACAUUCUUCUUCGGCCUCAUCCGUGCUGCCGCCCCGAAGCUUAUGCUCCUUGCCAUCUUUGGCACGAUCGUCGUCGACGUGAUGUGCUCGUACGGUCCGCUCUUCCCCGUCAACCAGUACACGCUCGCCACGACCUUCCUCAUCCCGACAGCAUGCUACAUCGCCGUCGCUCUCGCAGGGACCGUCCUUCUGUUCCCUCGCACGCUCAACACGUCCUGGACCACCGACCUCGUCGACAAGGUCCUCUCGCCCAUCCUCCAACGCGCCCAAAUGCACUCAAAGCUGCUCUCCACGCCUCCGCCUCGUUCCGACUCUGGCUCCUCCGACUCGGAGUGGUCGAAGCUCGGCACCAUCGUCUCCUCGACGCAGGAGGCGUCUUCAGCGGGUCUUGAAGGCUUGCUUGGCACGCUGGGGAUGAUGGAGCUCGAGGUCUCGUACGGCCGCCUCAGCGCGAAGGACCUCAAGCGCCUUGUUGAGCCGCUGAGGGAGCUGCAUAACAGGAGCGUCUUGCUCGGUGCGCUUUGGUCGACGGUCGAGGCGCGGUUCAAGCGCGCCGUGGCGUUCGAGCGCGUAGCGCAUACUUCCAAUGGGACUACAACGGAGGACGAGAAGCCCGGACGACGGCGCCACGCUCAGCACGGGAAGGCCGACAAGGACGUAGGUCGCAACGAGACCGUCCGCAUGCAGCGCAUGCGCCACACGCUCAAGAACGCCGAGCGCGAGAACCAGCACGACCUCGCCGCCCUGCUGCCGAUCUUCGCCGACGCCUCGCUGGAAAUGCGAGCUGCAAACGAUGCGGCGCUCUUGAGUGCGAUGGAGUGGUUGACGACGCAGAAUGAGGGAAGGUGGAGCUGGCUCUGGCGACGCGGGGCGCCGAAGCGGGAAGAGGAGGAACGGCUCGCUGCGCUGGAGAAGCAGGUCCUCCACCUCGAGGACGCCCUGCGCGAGUACCGCUUCAAAGGGCGCGAAGCCAUUGUCGAGCCAUUCCGCGACUUCUUCGACCCGACGACUGGUCUCUUGCGUCCGAUCGAUCAGCGUGGCAGCACGACCAGCAAUGCAGGCCGUCUCUUCGCCCCCGGUAGUCUCUUCGCCGUUCUUUCCGCCUCGGACAACCUCGUGCUCUACAGCCAAGCCAUCGCCGCCUUCGCUCGUGACGUCCGAGAACUCGCUCAGCAUCGCCGCCGGAACAAACUGUGGUUCCCGACCGGUCUACGUCGCAUCGGCAACCUCGUGCGGGGCAGAGGCCCAGCUACGAACGUCGUUCCCGACGGCGACAACCCCGACAGCUUGCAGGACCACGCCCACUCGGACGACGACUCGGAUGACAGCACGCUUGCGAGCGGGAACACGGAGAAGGAGAAAGCCGAGAAGGCGAAGAAGGGCAAUGCCGAUUUUUUCAACGACGCCGCACUUCGAGGCCACGAUCCGGAUGCCCGACCGCCUCGCAACGCCGUCCAGCGCGGAUCUCUGCUCGUCUACCGGUUCUUCCACUGGUGGACAAGCCCGAACGCCGUUUUUGCGCUCAAGUACACGGCCGCUUCGAUCGUUUGCUGGCUGCCGCAAGUAUUCAAGACGACGGCGUGGUUGUCUUACUCGCAGAAGGUUCUGUGGACUCUCAUUACGGCGCAGGCGAGGCCGCUCGUUUCAAAGCUCGGCAUGACGUUACAGCUGACCUCGUCCGCUCUACAGACCUUCCUCGCACCGUACAGUGGCGACCAAUUCCUCAGCACUGUCCAGCGAAUCCUGGGGACGGCCCUCGGCUUGGUUUGGGGGAUGGUCAUCGUGCGUCUCUGGUAUGUUGGCAGUGCGAACGGUCCCGGCACGCGACCAGGAGUCGGCGCCGCCCUUUUUGUCCUCAUGCUCCCGCUGGUCGCCGCUCGCCUCUUUGCGCCCCCCGCUUCGAUGAUGAUCGCCAUCAUGAUGGCUGUCACGUCUUCUCUCGUCGUCGGCUACUCGUGGCAAGACGAGCACUUGCCGCAGUACGGCAAUCCCGGUGUCGGAUACUCGGUUGCCUGGAGGCGCGGUCUCCUCGUUAUCAUUGGCGCGGCCGUCGCGCUCUUCUUCAUGCUCCUCCCGCCGCAAUCUUCGCGCGUCUUGGUUCGACGAACGCAUGCUCGAUGUAUCGAGGAGCUUGGCCAGCUCUACACGAGCAUCGUCUCGAGCUGGAUCGAGGAGGACGUCCGGGCGACGAAGGAAGGCGAGUCGGCAGGCGAGGACGGCUACCGCGUAUUCACGCCAGCGUUCCGCAAGGCCGCUCGCGCUCGCAUGCUCGCCUUGCGCGUCAAGCUCAAUGGAUCGAAGACGACCAUCUUUCAGUCGUCUUACGAGCCGUCGUUGCGAGGCGAAUGGCCGCAGGACCAGUACCUUCACCUCCUCACGCUGCAGCUCGGCCUGCUGCAGGCGCUGGGUCAGCUCGGUCAAGCACUCCUCCGUCUCGAGCCCGAAUGGCGUCGUCAGCUCGUGCAAGACACGGCAUUCCUCAAUCAGCCUCUUAUCGCCGACGUCACUUCCACCUUCUAUCUUAUUUCCCUCGCACUCCGUCAAGGCUCGCCUCUCCCCGAAGCCACCCCCGGCCCACUCCUCGACCGCCUCCUCUACCACGACCGCCGACUACGGAUGCUCACGGAUGAGCCAGAGCCAGGUCACAAGGAGGAAGACGAGCAUGCGCACGCGAAGCACGUCGACUUUGAGGGCGCCCGCAUGGGAGGCUUCAAGUUCACGUUCGACGUCCUCCGCGACGAGCUGUUCGGAACGUACGCCUCGGCGCUCGAGGCGCUCUCAAAUAUCCUGCUCGACACGGAUGAGCUGGAGAUCGCCAUCAAGGGUCUCGUAGGCGAGGUUCACUUCCCGGGCUACUCGGUGCUGGCGGAGCGGCAGCUGCAUGUCCAAGCGUGA